UGAACUUAACUGUCACCAAUAAAACCGUGAACAAUGUUCACGAUCAGAGUCAUGUGACUUCGGAAAUGAUCACUAGUAACACAACUGCUCCGAUCACACUGCUGAGCAUGGGUCGUAUAACUAGCGAAAAAAUCGUAAAUGCAUCUCAAACCAUACCAGCUGAA